AAGAACGUCAUAUUCAGUCGCUACAUUUAGGUUAUACUGACAGGGAAAUUUACCGACAAUUUGUGUUAAUAAUUAACGAUUUAAUGGUGAGUCGAGCCGAAAAUAGAGAAUCGAUUAGGGAGAAAGAUGAAGCCGAACUGGAGCUUCACAGACUCCGAGAAGUUGCCAGGCUUGCGGCUAUGCAUUACAACGGCGAAAGAGAGUUUCAGAGAAGAUUGGACCUUUCGCAUGUCGUGCACGCUAGUUUACACUUUGUUCAACUUGUGAUGACGUCGGCUAUCGAAAUUUUUCAUCACGUGCAUCACUAUAUGAAUCAACGUGCGCGAGAAAAGGACGACACGAUCCCGUUGUUGCCAGAGGAAAGAAAUCCUAUUUUCUUCGUAUAUCCCAUUUGCAUGCUACUGAGUCUUGUUUUUAUGAUCCUCUGGCUUGUUAGAAAAAUAGUUCCCGAUAGGCCUAUGAUACCUCUCACAAUAUGCGCAGCAGGAGCUAUUCUGAUGCUCGUGACAGGAAUAAUGGAGAUGAAACACGCCGAUAUGUACAUCGACGUUACCGAAUUUACUGACGAAGAAAUACUGGAGCAUCCUGUCUUUAUUCACAACUUUGUAAUGUGCAUAUUGUCGAUCUUCGUUAUGAUUCUGUACCUAAUUCAAGCGUGGGUUCUUUUCGACCAAUGGCAGUGGAUUCGAAAGGAACGAGAUACAAGUACAUCAGAUGUGCGAAGUUCUGAGUCUAGUAUAGAUAGCGACGAAAGUGAUUAUUCUAUAGAAGAAAAGAUCGAUAAACACGAUGCUGGAAAGCAGAUUAGUGAACUGGUACCAAUUCCUGCCUUGGAAGAAUUGACCGCCCUCGCUGCGAUCUCCGAUAAUGCUGAUAUGGAUGACGAACCGAUACUUUAUUGCUGUUUCGUCGACUGGUACAAUUAUGUUAAAAUGAAAAUGGAAAGCAAACCAAAACAUGAGUUUCAAGUAAUCCAUGUCAUAUGA